GAAGUCGUCGUGAUGCACGACGGGACGUUGGGUUGUGCUUUGGCCCGAUACAAGAUGGCUGACACUUGUUAGUAGUGUAUUUUUGUUCGAUUGAACGUGCAGUUUGUUAUAAAAAAAAAAUAUUCCGCAGUACCUUUACUCCGAUAUACGCUACGUGAGCAUUUAUAUAAAUAGUAUAUGUGCAAUUUUUCUCCUUUGUAUAUGAAGCUCACUUUUCUACAAUGAAUCGUCACGCGACAGAGCGCAAUGUGCUGUGAAAGUACGGUAGUCACGAUAAUUACUCGUCACCAGCCAUGUUCAUGUGUGUUCUUUUGUUAUGACAUUGUGAUAUAAUUCUCGUGAAACAUAGUGCCAAGGAGAUCGUGAUAGUGCGUUUUCUCAGCGGUAAGCCGCUAAGCUGAAUUUACUACGGAGUCUCAAGACGCCGACGCUGAAUUAAAUGAAAGGACAACCGGUUGGUCGGCAUCAGCAGAGGUGAGAGAGAGAGAGAGAGAGAGAGAGAGAGAGAGAGAGAGAGAUAGAGAGAGAGAGAGAGAGCCGAGGAGGAGGUGACCGUAAGGGAUGAAUGGAACGACGGCGUUGCGACGCAGCGCCGGUGGUGGUGGUGGCGGCGUCGGGGGUGAACCUGCACCGGUUGCCACCCUGGUCGUCUACAAGGAUGAUGCCGGAUACGGGAUGAAGGUUUCCGGCGACAAUCCCGUAUACGUACAAUCUGUCAAGGAAGGUGGUGCUGCUGCGAGGGCCGGCCUACAUGCCGGCGACAAAAUAAUCAAGGUGAACGGCGUGAACGUGAUGCAGUCGACGCAUACCGACGUUGUGGAUCUGAUCAAAUCCUCGACGCAGGUGGUUUUGACGGUGCAGCAGAAGCCAGUUGCAGCUGGGCUGCAAGUUGGCCUCACGGGUCAGCAACAUCAGCGACCAGCCAGCCUGUCGGCCGGCUCCACCAUGGUGUCACCGCCGCAACCCGCGACGACGUCCCUUCACAGGGCGUCAACGGCACCUGCGGGCGGUGCGCCAUAUAACGCACGUAUUACCGGGCCCCAACCCGUCGACCACGAGAAGAAACGGCAGUUGGAGACGCAACGUGCUCACACGUUUCAGCUGAUGUUAGAAAAGGAGAAGAGCUACGUCGAAAACCUACGUAGCGAACUUGCAAAAGCCGGAGCUGGCGCUGGACAUGUUAACAACACCGCCACGCUGCAGGCUGAGCUUGCUGGGGCUGAGAGAAGAGUGCGCACGUUGCAGGAGCAGCUCGAUGCCAUCACUGCCAACGACCAGCUUUGCUCGUUGGUAACAAACACCCCGUCCUCUCCUGGGCAUUAUUCGCCUUUGAGCAGCAACCCUGGCGACGUACCGCCGCCCCUGCCCUCUCGCAAUUCCCUCUCCAUGCAAACUCUCUCACCGCCUCCUUUGCCACCCCGACCACCACCCUCAAACACGCACAACAUAGUUCAGUCGGAGCUGGAGCGACAACUGCUGACUCAUUUAACGCCCCCCAACACCAGUCACGGCAUACCUAACUCUUUUUCGCAGGGUGCGAAUCUGGGUUCCCUGAGCUCCCUGAAUAAGCAUCAACGAACGAAAUCGAGUCCUGAACAGUUGGGCGCGACAAUGAUAUCACCAUCCGAAGCGAGCCGACGUCUGAUAGCGUCCGAGUCGAUGAACGAUCUUUCGCCGCCGAAACUUGGUCGGCAUAGCGGAAUCGAUUUGGAUGAUCCUCCACACGUUACUCCGCCAGGAACACCUCCGCCGCCUUAUCCUAUACCCAGUCCAGGAACUGACAUUUCUUCCUCCACGUUGAACGACAGUGUACUCGAGAGCUACGUCACCGUCUCGCCGCCACGUCAUAUAAUAGCGAAUGAGAGCAGUCCCGGUUUACCGCCACUUCAGCAGCCGAUCAUGUCCAUGGAAGACGACGAUAUGAGUGAUCAAGAAGUGGGACAGUUGGAAGAUCACGGCCCGUUUAAGUCGCUAUCGAGAUUAUGGGAACACCAUGCGCAUCUUGCUGUAUUUAUUAAUUAUGUCCUGUCAAACAGUGACCCCUCCAGUCUGUUAUUUUACUUGGUAACGGAUCUGUAUAAGGAGGGCAACGCCAAAGAGAUGAGAAAAUGGGCUUAUGAGAUACACUCAAGCUUUCUAGUACCUGGUGCUCCCCUGCGACUGAAUAACGUGGACGAGAACGUUGCUCGCGAAAUCGACGAUGUCCUCUUGAAGGAGUCCGACAAGGAGGAGAUAUUACGAAAGAUAUUCUGGAAGGCGAGGACACGUGCGAAGGAGGAACUGAACGAACAGCUGGCGGAUUUUCAACAGAAGAGAACAGCCGGUCUGGGCACUUUAUUCGGGCCGAGUGACGCUCAGCUGGACGAAAGUGCAUCUGACAAGACUAGAGAGACGAAAAUCAUCGAGACGUACCUUUUACCAAAGAUGGAACCCUAUCUGGAGGACAUCGAAAAGGACCAAGUCGAUCUUCGUCAGUUUACAACGGCAGCUGGUCUGGCGACGAUAUUAACGAAAAUUUUCCAAGUACGACCAGUGUCUCUUGAUCGGGUACCCACCUUCGUUGCGAAAGACAAAUCGAAUAUCAAGGCGCGGCUGCUCACUGGUAAAACGCGAAAAAUGACGGUCAGGGGUCAUCACUUUGUAGCUCAACAAUACUUUACGGUCACAUACUGUAAUCACUGUCAACUAAUUAUUGGGGGCAUCGGUCCUCAAGGUUAUCAGUGUUGCGAUUGCUCGCUGAGUGUGCAUCGUCAGUGCGUGCGGGUAGUUGAGGAGAACUGUCCUGGGCCAAUGGUUAGAAAGGAAAGGGAUCGAAUCAGCAAGCUGAUGGAGCGCAUCCGGUCGGACAAAAAAACUUCCUCGCAUCAUCAUCAUCAUCCCCAGCAUCCACCCCAGCAUCACAUCGACCGAUUAAAGAGGAAUGACGACGACAUGGGCGUCCUGACGGAUGGGGAGAACGGAGAGCAUCGCGGAGGCGGAGCAACAGGAAACGCACGCAGCAGCAGCGAAAGGGGACGCGUUUCCGCUUAUGGCGGAGCUGGCGAUCACGCCGAUAGCAUGGACGAUCCCUCGUCGAGGGAGGACAUUUCUGAAAUGGUGCAGCAAAAUAUUUCCAGUAAGCCAAAGACGUCAAACAUAAACAGGUCUGAAAGUUACAAGGAGCGGUUACACCACAAGCGACAGUUGCGCGAGAAACGAAAAACCAGCGACCCGAAUCUCUCCAAAACGAAGACUGGUUUCAGUGACUCCGAGGCUUCCGGAACGUUUCCUGGAAACUCGGCGGGCAGUUCGUCGAACAGCAGUCUGUCCACGAGGAGCCUGGAUAGUCCGAGCACCAGUCUGGAACAGGUGCAUCCCGCAGUCACAGCUGCUAACUCAUCGACGUCCUGGGACAGCGAUGUGGACGUCGAACCUGAUCCUCCUGACUGGAGUCAGAGUGUUCCCGAGGACGUACUUGCACGUCUCAGUAAUUCUGAGAAGAAGAGACAAGAGGUUAUUAAUGAAUUAUUCCACACUGAACGGUCUCACGUACGUGCCCUGAAGGUCCUCUCACAAGUCUUCCAUAAGCCACUAUUGGAAUCCCAAGUACUUCCACUGGAUCAGAUCCAGCUACUCUUCUCUAAUUUAGAUGAGAUGGUUACGAUUCACUCGUGCUUCAAUCAAGCAAUGAAGAAGAAAAAGAAGGAGAACCCUUGCGUUGGCGACGUCGGCGACUUACUCCUGGACAUGUUCGACGGAGAGGCUGGUGAAGCGUUCGAGCGCGCCGCUUCUACCUACUGUGCAAAACAGCAGGUUGCUCUGGACGCAUUGCGGGACCGACGUCGCAAGGAUCCAAAGCUUAAUGCAUUUUUAAAUGACGUCGAAGCCAAUCCUCUGUGUCGGAGAUUGCAACUCAAAGAUCAAAUACUUACGGGGAUGCUGAGGUUGACGAAGUAUCCUCUCCUCUUCGAGAAACUCGCCAAGUAUAGUCCAGAGAGCAAUGAGAAGGAGAAGGCUUCGGUUCUGCGAAGUCUUGAACGCAGCAAAGAGAUCCUGAGUCGUGUGAACCAGGCUGUACGUGAGGCAGAGGAUUAUCAGCGUCUCGCUGAGAUUCAGCGUACGAUCGAUAGAUCGGCGUUUGAUAAAUUUGAUCAUCCGAUAGUUCAGGAAUUUAAAAAUAUCGAUAUUACAAAGAGACGACUCGUUUACGAGGGUCCAUUACAAUGGCGGAUAGUCCAUCGUCCAAAACCUGUUGAUCUCCAUGUUGUGCUGCUAGACGAUACUAUAUUUCUACUGCAUCGACAGGACGAGAAGUACCUAUUGAAAUUCAUUAAUACUAAUCAAAUCGUAUUGAGUCCCAUUGUGAAAGUAUCGACGGUUCUCGUGAGGCACAAUGCUGUGGAUAAAAACUCGCUCUACCUAGUGAAUACCUCACAAAACGGAGCGCAGAUCUAUGACCUGGUGGCUACGUCGCCGGCUGAGCGUAAACUCUGGUGUAAACAUAUCUCGGAAGCUGCUGAGACGUAUAAGGCUCGUGAUCGUGAAGGCAGAAGACCAACACCGCCUACGAUACAACCCGAGGAACCAGCACCGCCUGUCGAGGAACCACCACCGCCACAGCCGCCGCCUAAGCCCGAACCUGGGGUGUCCGAGCGAAUUGAGAAAGUUGAAGAAGAACCGGAAACGAAGGAGACUCUUGAAGAUACUAGCAAUACCGAGCAAGAGGAAGAUGAAAUUCCAGAUACUCCUGUAUCCGCGCCUCCACCUAUUCCUGAAGAACCACCACAACCGUCUGAGUCGUCUACAACAGCUAUUGGCGAACCUCUACGUAUGGCCAGCUGCACACAGUCCUCCUUAAUAGAUCCUGUAGAAGUUCACGUGGAAGUAAGACCUGUUCACGUUGCCGAGCCUGUCCUGACACCAAUUGAAUGCCUGAGAAGAAAGGACGAAGUGAUAAAACAAGCUUUAGUUGAGAAACAAAUAUUGGUGGCGGAUAUAUUAAAUAUACCGAGAGAGGACUUCGAGCAUGUAGCGGAUAUGGCGUCAGAACCAACCGGGCUAGAAAAAGAACCUGCUGAACUGAUACUCGCUGCUGUCAGUCAAGCAAAUCAAUUGGUGGCGAUGAUAAACUCUGCACUGACUGUCAGUGAAACCGAGACCGUCCUCGCUGCAAGAGGAGCGUCGGCUUCGGCGUCGGCUUCGGCACUUUGCGAAGCCACAGGAUGCCCCACGCAACGUACUCAUUCUCAUUCCCACAAACCAGCAAUACCAGUGUCAUCGCUACAGCCAAUAUGUCACUCCUUAACGUCCCAGCUUUCGCAACUCUUGGAAAUAGUGAAGGACAGGGAGGAAGAAAGGGACAGGCUACGGAAGGAAUUACAUAGAAAUAGAGAACGUCUCCAUGCUCUCGACGCCGAUGCUCAGCAUCGCGAAGUCAUUCAGGUCACUACAACCACAACUCAAACGCAAACAGAACUCGGUGAGCCCUUGAACGGAGAAAGCUGUUCCGAUGACCUCAAUCGCGAUGAAUUCGUAGACGCACGCGGCGAGCCUGAAACGGAAGCGGAAACUGAAGCUGAGAGCGUCGACGUGGAGACGGAAGUCGAGGAGGCUGGAGACAGCGUGGGUUGAUACAGCCGAUACGUCAUCGUUAAUCGUUUGUGUUAAUCUGGUGCAUUUCAGAGCAUAUCCUGUAAUCGUUGGAUGCUCAUAAUGGAGGAAAUCAAAAUUAUGUAAAAAAAAAAAGGAAUGGAAGCGAAUUGACACACAUGGCUAGUAGCUGUUUAUCGAAUGUAACAAUGUUAGAUAUCUAUUUGCAAAACCAUGGGUCUAAGUUUAAUAACGCCUUGACCAAAGAUUUUAUGUAAAUAGAUUAUUAACAUAUUAAAAUGGUGUUUCGGUCUGGUGAUGCAUCAGUAUUUGAAACCGAUACCCGCACUGAUCGAAUCGAAAUUUCCUGCUGGCAAAUUAUACGCGGAUUCUUUGGUAUUAUCGAACGAUAAUAUCGUAUAAUCCUUUUCUCUCUCGCUUAGAGAAAUGAGUUAUACAAUACUAUUAUUUAAUACGACGAAACGACAUAACCGAUAAAAAUUAAUAAAGGUAUGUAGAUCAUAUUUCUACGUGAUCAAUAACCACGCAUUCAUCUUAUUGGCGUUUAUAAAGAAAUCCGCGUGGAUAAUUAAUGCAGGAUCUUGUCGCUAGGCAUUUUGAAAAAAUUUUACUUCUGUGCAGUUAUGGGACAUCUCACGCAUGCGCCUAGAAUUUUCUUUUUUUUAUCAUAUCAUUUUCUUUUUUUUAUCGCAUCAGCAAUCAAAAUAGAAUCGAUAGCUACAAUUUGAAAAUAAAAAGUCACAUGGCAAGAAAAUAGUACAAGGUAAUCAAGAUGGUGGUAUGACACCUGUUGCGGAAGAUUUAGAAGAAAAAAAGACUUGUCUACUUACAUAAAAUCUUUGCGUGUACUAAGUACUAAUAACUAUCUACCUAAUAAUGAACUACAAACCAUUAUUAUAAAUACAAUACUAUGUAUAUGUAUAAAAUAUUUAAUAACAUUAUUAGUUACUUUAAUUAUUAUAAUUACAUUGAAAUACUUAUAUCGAAACGAAUACUUUACUUCCAGCUCUUUGUAUAAACGCAGCGUUACCACCCACGCUGGUGAACAUUUUCGAACAAUAUAUUGCGGAUUUAGAUGAAUUUAUUCUCGGAUUGUAUUGUAUAAAAAGGGAAAAGAAAAACAAGCAUAAAAAGGGAACAGCGAAUCGUGCUUGGUGUCAUUAGAAAAUAGUAAUUAUUUUUAUUCUCGCGGGAUCUCGUACUACGUACGCCCAUCGCUGGGAAAUCGAGUCUGCAGUAUUUUCUGCUCUUGUUUUCAAAUAAUAAUAGUAGUAGCCACGAAUUGAUACAUGGCGAUCUUUUAUCGUUGAGUAUCUCAUUACGUGUCACAUGCGACGAGGCGAAGUGAAAGCUUUAGUUAACUAUACCUGUGUGACUGUCACUGGAGCCAUUUUUUUCUUUUUCUUUUUAAUAGCUACAGCAAUAAAAGGUUACACCGAGAAGUUAUUUAAUCA